AUGGAUAAUGUACGACCAAUGUUCUAUGAGAGGAUGGUGGGCAGUGUGUCUGCAAGUUUUUUUGACUUGGUAGCUGUAGGCAUUAAAGUUGAACUCGGUUUGAAGAAUGGAAAGAUGAUCAGUGCUGCUGGAACUUCUAAUAACAACAAUGUUAAGAAGUUUCCCGAAAAUUUUCAGAAAAAAAGGAAGGAGAGACAAAUGAUGUAUCGUCCAAUCGAGGGAGGAGUCAAUCAUGGAGAAAGCAACAAUGACAGUUCACUCAACAACAACCAGCAUACCCUGUGCAUGCGAGAAUUGGUGGAAAAGAAGAUUCUUUCAUUCAGAGACUUAUGGCCUAAUGUCAAGAGUAAUCCUUUGCCAGCAUAUGGAACUGUUAAUACAAUUGAAGAAGCAUCUGAUGGUAAUGUGAUCAAAGAUGUUGCAAAUAUCAAUACUCCUUUGCUAGCGUUCUAUGCGAGACUAGUAGAAGCUGGUUUAGUUAGUGCUUGUCAUAAAGAUUAUGAAGAAUGUGCCAUUCAUCCAAGAGGAUGUGAGAUGGUACGAAAAUAUGUCCAAGACUUGAUGAACCAAGGAGUGUUACAAUUUAGUAUCCUCGUGAGAAGAGAUGAAGUAGCUGUAAUUGAGCCAUUUUUCAAUUUACCAGAGCCAAUUGAGAUAACCUAUAGAAGAAAAGAUAUUGUUCAGCCGGUUAAUCACCUAACACCCGUGGUUAUCUGCAUGCCUAGUCCUUUCCCCUACGAAAGUACUAAGGCAGUACCAUGGAAAUAUGAUAUAACUGUCACUGAUAAAGAGUCUGAAGAGAGUAGACAAGAGAAAAGUUUGAAGGUUGAUGGUGUCGAUGUCACAAACAUCACAGGGAUAAGCCAAAUGACUCGUAGUGGGCGGAUUUACACUCCCCAAUUUGAUGUGACCUCUCAAGUACCAACCAAAGAAACUACAAUUGCAGUCCUUAUUAGGGAGCAAAAUAUGGUUCAAUCCAAUGAAGAUGCUGAAUUUUUGAAGAUCAUUAAAAAGACUUGUAACACCCUGAGUUUCAAUGGUGGAGAGUUGCCAAAGCAAGAACAAAAUCACAAUUGCGCCUUGCAUGUGUCAGUGAAGUGCCAAGAGGAUACUUUAGCAAGAGUUUUAGUGGAUACAAGGUCCCCCCUCAAUGCUCUACUGAAGAACACACUUGCCAAAUUAGAUUUUCAAGGAUCAGAAAUGAGCCCUAAUGCACUGAUUGUCAAAGCAUUUGAUGGGUCUCGGAGGACUGUGAUUGGUGAAGUGGAGUUACCAAUUCUGAUUGGUCCAUGUGUAUUUAACAUAACUUUCCAGGUCAUGGAUAUCAAUCCUGCCUAUAGUUUCCUAUUGGGGCGACCUUGGAUACAUGCCGAUGGGGAAGUAACCUCCACUUUGCAUCAGAAAAUGAACUUUGUCAUCAAUAACAAGCUUGUAAUUAUCUAUGGUGAAGAAGAUCUUAUGGUUAGUCACCUCUCCUCCUUUCGUUACAUCGAGGCUGAUGAAGAUGCCUUGGAAACUUCUUUCCAAGCUCUGGAGAUAGCCAAUGCCACUUUUGUGGAAGUGAAGGAAUCUGUGGAGAAAGUCAUCCUGUAA